CCUAGAACAUAGAGAGGACUAAAAAACCACCUCACCAGUCCCUCCACUGUAGUUUCUCCUCCUCCUUGUCUCGCUUCAUUACUUGAAUUUGUCUUAGAAAAUGAAGGGGGAAGGAAUGCAUUUAAUGUAAGUGCACAAUGAAACAAACCAGUCUGUUUAGGUGAGUAGUCAGUACAGUGCGAGGUGUAUCAGUACAAAAGCUGUACCUGUACAUUACUCCUUCACACUACUGGAGAACAUGAGGACCCUGCUACUGACAACCGUGUUGCUGGUGCUGCUCUGUAGCACUCAAGUGCUUACACUCAGCUGUUACACCUGUGAGGAGGAUGACGCUGACUGCAAGCAAGUGACAGAAUGUCCACCAUCGAGCAUGUACUGCAGAACUGUGGUGACUGCGGACACAGUGACUCGUACCUGCGAGGAGAUGUGUGUUUCGGGUGUCAACGCCUACUGUUGCCAGGGUGACCUGUGUGAGAACUGACAUGAUCCACGGAGAACCAUCGCCACUGACUACACACGGUCACCUUCUGUUUAGAUACAGUUGAAUGUUGUGUGGGAAAUACUUUGGAAUAUGGGUUACAUUAUAACCUUUCAAUUAAUUACAUUUACAUUUUAGUAAUUUAGCAGACACUCUUAUCCAGAGCGACUUAGUUAGUGCAUUCAUCUCAAGAUAGCUAGGUGAGACAACCUAUAUCACAGUCAUAGUAAGUUCAUUUUUCCUCAAUAAAGAUGUAAUCAUUGUUUGUGAUAAUCUUUAAAAAAAGGCAAUCUUAUACUUUCUGUCGUGCAAAAAAAUCUAGCCCUUUGAAUGACUCUCAACUGUUUCUGCUGUCCUUCAAAGCUUGACUUAAUGCCAUAAAACAUGGAGGUUUUACAGUAAUGAGGAUUUCCAAUGCCUGAGCUGUGAUUCUAGUGUAGCCUCUCCUAGUCUCCUCUCUCUCCGGAUGCUCCUGAGUGGGUCAUGCUGGCUCAUGGCCUCCUGCUGGGAUGUGGGUCGCCGACGGGGACAAUGCUGGCCUGUUGUGGCCGUAUGCAUCUGGGCAUGCAGGAUUAUCUAAAUCCAUCUGAUGAGGGUACCACUCACCUGGCAACUCAAUCCCACUCUCCUCUGAAAAAAGUAUGCUUGAUCAUGGUGUAGAUUGCUUUGUUUUCGAGAGAUUAAAAACCAAGAAAAUGA